UUAUGCUGUAUGUGCUUCCUCCUGUGAAUGUCCUUUGGGCAAAUUUGUGUGUCACCAUAUUGCAACAGCUUUGUUGUAUGGAUAUAAAUGCGUUAGCAAAACAGAUGUAAAGUGUGGGUGGCUCAAAAAUCCAAAGACAUCUAUAAAAAGAAAUACCAAAACUAUGGAUGAGUUGUUUCCUGCAAGUCGUCCAGAGUACAGCAAUGGAAUGGAUUCUGCAACCAGAGCCACUGCGGCCAGUUCCUCCUGCUCCUAUUAUAGAGGAUCUUUUGACCAAUCCAGAGUUUAUUAAUGCAGAUGCUCCACUUGCUUGGUUACGCCGUGCAAUGAUUCUGUCAGAGGAGAUUAUUAAGUCCACUGCAGAGGCAACGAAAGGACAGAGAACAAAUCCUAUGUGGGCAGUCAUGAGGAAAAAUAGGAUUACUGCCUCCAACUUUGGAGCAGUUCUAAAUCUUAAGCGUAAACGACUCACUGCUUCUUUAAAGAAGCGUCUCAUGUCGUCCUACAAUUUAGAAAGUGUCAAGUCCAUUGCAUGGGGGAUAACACAUGAGGAUGAUGCCCUGAAGAAGUACCAGAAUGACUUUGGUGCACUUAUUCAGAAAACUGGAAUUUGGCUUCAUGAAUCAGGCGCAUUAGGUGCUUCACCAGAUGGUUUAGUUCUGCACCCCCCUCUUUGUGAAGUGUCCUACCAGACUCCAGAUGCCAGGGCAGCAAUUCCUGAGUUAGUAGAAGUUAAGUGUCCCUACUCUGCUGCCUCGCUCUCAGUUGAGGAUGCUGUCCAUUGUCUGAAGGACUUCUACUUGGAAUUCAAGGAAGAUUCAUUGCAUUUGAAAACUGACCAUACCUACUACCAUCAGAUUCAAGGUCAACUGUACAUGUGUAACAAAAACUGUUGUGACCUCAUGGUUUGGACCCCGGUUGACUGUGCCAUCAUCAGAAUUGUAAAGGACAAGGAAUGGGCAAAAAAUGUUGCAGUUCUUGUUGAUUUUUACUUCAGUACCUUUAUUCAGGCAUUAAGAGAGGACUAGAAACUUUCUCAAACUACUAUGGUCUAUGCUUAGUAUAGUUAUACAACUGUAAAUCAAACAUAAAGUAUCGAUAGUCUGGACACCAGUUGACUGUGCCAUCAUCAGAAUUGUAAAGGACAAGAAAUAGGCAAAAAAUGUUGCAGUGCUUGUUGAUUUUUACUUUUAUUAGUACAUGUACCUUUAUUGAGGCAUUAAGAGAGAACUAGAAACUUUCUCAAAUCUAUGGUCUAUAUUUAGUAUAAUUAUAUGACUGUAUAUCGAAGAUAAAGCAUCCAUGGAUUAAAAAAGAUUAAAAGAAUUCUGUCCAUUAUCUUUUAAUUCAAGGUGCAUGUCAGAAUA